CCGUUUCCUGAGGAGCGUGGUGCUGGUGAAUUUCACACCUUUACUCUCCUCUGUGUGGAAACCUGGGUGUUAAUGGUACUGGAGCAGGUCGUAUUUUAUAAGAAAUGAGACUGUCUUUUAAAACAGAGGGAAAGCAGGGAAGGAAGAGGAGGUGAAGAAACGGAUCCAGGGAGACUGCCACUUGUAGCAGGCAUUAGUUGGAUUAUUUUGUGCUGGUUUUAUUCAGAGCAUUGAAAUUUUGCAUUGCAACACCUGAAGAUGGAAAAUUGGUCGGUUGAUCAAGUUUGCAACUGGUUGAGACAAAGAAAUUUAGGUGAACUCGUUCCUAAGUUUCGUGAAGAAGAAGUAAGUGGAGCAGCUCUUCUGGCUCUUAAUGAUCGUAUGGUGCAGCAGCUGGUGAAGAAGAUUGGGCACCAGGCAGUGCUGAUGGACCUGAUCAAUAAAUAUCAGCAACAAAAAAGUGGCCUAAAAUCCCUUACAUAUGAUUCUGAAACAGCUUCUCAAACAUUUCCAGAAGCAAUUAGUGGGGCUACUGACAGACAAAUGUUAAAUACUUCUGGUCCUCUAGAGCAGAAAAAACAUCUGUGCUCAACUGUAAAGGAAGAAGGACUAAUUGAUCACAGAGUGCUAAAGCAAAAAAAAAAUCUGAAAUCAUUGUUUACAAGAUACAAGACAUUGCAGUGGACAAGUUCUUACGCUUUGCCAGACUUCCCUUAUGAUGUCAAGUGCAUAUUAGCAGAAAAAAAGUGCCCUGAUCACAGUAUGAGAAUAAGAAUUAUUGAAUUUUUACAAGCAGACAUGACAAAAUACCUAGAUGGAUCACUGUAUCCAACCAGCCAACAGUAUAACAUAGUUGUCAAUGCUCUGCUGCAGGCAUAUCCCUUCCUUGAUGAAGAUGGGAAUGGCUUUUUGCUGUGGAAACGGGCCCUUAAGGAUCGUUUCAAGUAUGUGCGGAGACCCAUUGAAGAUGAUGAGCAAGUCCUGAGGAACAAAUGCAAAUUUGGCCACAGGAGAGGACAGACCAGGAAACGUUCAUUUGCUGAAAACAAACUUGAUAAUGCCCAGGUGCAGGUAGAGGAAGAACCAGCUCAUCUUGAAGGCAUUGCAAUGGAUGUACACAUUCAGUGGCUUAAGCAAGAAUAUCUGAAAACUCAGAGGAACUGGAAAGAAGUGGAUAACAGAAUGAAUGUGACACUUGAGAUGCGGAGAAAGAUGAUCAGUGAUAAGGCACCCUUAAAAGAUAUUCUUAGACUAUUUCCUUUCUUAAGAUGCCCUCAUCAGCUCUUCAGGGAGUUCCAGCUUCUCACACACACGGACAUUUAUAAGAAAACAGUUGAGAUUUUGGAGAUUUAUUCAGAAAACAUAUUAUCUUUGUAUGCAGUGAGGAACAAUCCAAUUAAUGUUAUGCUGCAAGAAAAUCUGAAGCGUCACACAGAGCAAGACAUUCUGAAAUGUAUGAAAAUGACUGCUGCAUGUCUACUCCUGCCAGAUGUCUUUGGAGAUGAUUCCAGUCUGUUUGCUGCUGUGAAUGAGGAGGUAAAGGCAGUGACACCAGUAUUGGAAGUAAAAAAUCCUUUCCACGUGAAUUCAUGUGAGUUUGUGCUGUAUGUAGAAAGAGAAGAGUUAGCCCAGCUCAAUGACUGCACCAUGGCCCUGGCAGCGCUGGUGGCUGCAUUUCACGUCUUCAAUAUCCCAUGCCCAAAGAGAAUCCACAGGACACUGAACUUCCUGGAGUCCCUGGUCUUUGAGGUGAGGAGCCCAGCAUCCCUGUUCACCCAGGUAAAGACAGAGCUGGAGGAAACCAACUAUCCCAGUAUCUGAUGGUGUACACAACACUCCCCUCAGAAACGUUUGACAAAUUUAUUUUGUCAAAAUAAAUCCUUCUGUUGUGAAGAUAAAUCAGUGCCAUUCUUUCUGGUGAAAAUGUGUGUGUACUUAUAACAGUUAUGUUUAGUAACCCUUU